AUAUUUAUAUAUCUCAAUGUUCCUUGGUUUGCUUUGCAUUUUCUAUGCGUACGCCAACCUGUGCUUCCCCUGAUUCUCAAGAUUCUCUCUCUAACAACAAUCAUCUGCUGAAAAUUCAAGUAUGCUGCUGAAAGUUCAUCAGUUUAAAGUUGUAAGCACAUACUCUCAGUUGUUGAUAGAGACCCUGCUGGGAAUGCCUAAAAGAUGUGUCUUCUUGAUUUCAGUUAUGUCUAUGAGAUUCACAAGGUGCAACCCUUGCUAUUAAUGCCUCACUUAAUGCUUCACAAGAGUGGACCACAAGUUUGUAGUUCAUUUAUAAAUUAUUCCUUGAUGCUCCAUAGGCACACAAGUUUUUUUACAGUGCCUGUUCUGCUAAUACAUGAUUUGUGUGAAGACGGUUGAAACACUUUUCUGCUGUAUGUAUAUAGUAUUAUAGUUUUACACACUUUAGAAUACUAGUAAAUGAUAUAGAAUUUGAGUGAGCUGAGGAAGUUUGGUAAAAUUUUAUACUACUUUGAGGUCUCAUUAUCAUAUGGAGAGUAACUCAAAUGUCUUAAUGCAAAGAUAUGAGUUGGGAAGAUUGUUAGGCCAAGGAACCUUUGGAAAGGUUUACUAUGCACGGAGUGCAAUAACUAACCAGAGUGUGGCUAUUAAAGUGAUUGACAAAGAUAAGAUUAUGAGAACUGGGCAAGCUGCACAAAUCAUGCGCGAAAUAUCCGUUAUGAGAGUGGCCAGACAUCCCAAUAUUAUACAGCUUUUUGAGGUUAUGGCUAACAAGAAAAAGAUUUACUUUGUUAUGGAAUAUGCUAAAGGUGGUGAGCUCUUCAACAAGGUGGCGAAAGGAAAACUCAAAGAAGAAGUUGCACACAAAUAUUUUAAGCAGCUAAUCAAUGCUGUAGAUUUUUGUCACAGUAGAGGCGUGUACCACCGAGAUAUAAAGCCUGAGAACAUUCUAUUGGAUGACAACGGGAAUCUAAAAGUAUCUGAUUUCGGUUUAAGUGCUCUUGCCGAUUCCAAGCGACAAGAUGGCUUACUCCAUACACCUUGUGGUACUCCUGCUUAUGUUGCUCCUGAGGUCAUCAAAAGAAAAGGAUAUGACGGUGUCAAAGCUGAUAUUUGGUCUUGUGGGAUAGUUCUAUUUGUCUUGUUGGCAGGUUAUCUCCCUUUUCAUGAUCCAAAUUUGAUAGAGAUGUAUAGGAAGAUAAACAAAGCAGAAUUGAAGUGUCCUAAUUGGUUCCCUGCCGAAGUAUGCCAGCUAUUGAGUAAGAUGUUGGAUCCAAAUCCUGACAACAGGAUUUCCAUAUCUAAUAUUAGGGAAUAUUGUUGGUUUAACAAAGGACCAAAUGUUAAAAGUAAAAGACCUGAAGUGGAAAACAACACUGUCUCUUCUUCAGGUACAAUUGUUCCUGAUCAAAAUGAUGAAGGUGAAGCAAAGGAAGAAUCUGUUGUUCCAGUUAGUAUAAAUGCCUUUGAUAUCAUCUCACUUUCUGCUGGUUUUGAUCUUUCUAGAUUCUUUGAUGAUCAUAUUCAGAAAAGGGAAGCAAGAUUUAGUUCAAGGUUACCUGCAUCAAUCAUCAUCUCUAAGCUGGAAGAUAUUGCUAAGCAACUAAAGCUGAAAAUAAGGAAAAAGGUUGCUGGUUUGUUGAAAUUAGAGAGACUCAAUGAAGGUAGGAAAGGGGUAUUAUCCAUUGAUGCAGAGAUCUUUGAGGUUACCCCUUUCUUCCAUUUGGUUGAGGUGAAAAAAUCAAAUGGAGACACUUUGGAAUAUCAGAAAAUAUUGAACGAAGAUAUAAGGCCGGCACUUCAGGACAUAGUUUGGGUCUGGCAAAGUGAUCAACAACUUCAAUCACAGCAGUCAGAGCAACAGCUACAGAUAGAUGAUCAGCAGGAACAACAACAAUCACAGUCAUAAGUCAUAACCAAUUAUCAAUUUUGAGGUGUCAUGCCUAUCACAUUUCAUGGCAAUUCCCAGUUUUUGCUUUAAUUUUUUCUUCAAAAUCUUGUUUGUGCAUAUUUUGCGUUUCAUGAUGCUAUGACCUUAUUGUAGCAUAUCUUGUGUCUCAACUCAAUUUUGCAAAGUACAUGUCCCAGUUUUUCAGUAUAACAAGAGUCUGAAACAACUUUUUUCCAGUUUUGAUUUUAUGAUAAUAGAAUCUAAAUAUAUAUGUACCAACUUUCUAUUGAGCCAAUCCACUCAAGCCAGUAUGUUACUCCAAAUGUAAUAUGAAUGCUCAAAUGCUUACAAGGGUGCCCGAGGAACAAGCACACUUGUGUCUGAAGAUAUAUAUCUUACGUUGUGGGAGACAACAAUAAUUUAUAGUUUUAUGAACACUAAUCAAUAAUCCUUAAUCAGUCCUUAAAAUUGAUUUUAAGUAUUUAAAAAUAAAAAGUUCUUAUUGAAAAAAUAAUAUGUAUUAGACUACUAUGUUCUUGAUACAGUAAAUGUUUCUUUAAAAUAAAAUUUGCUCAUUUUAAUUGUUUAAAAUUAGUCCUUAGAACCAAGAUUAAUAUUUUCCAACUUUAUAUUGAUUCCUCAUGUUUAAAGGAAAUGAAAACUUCAUUUUAUAGAGAGAGUCAUGCUGGCCUCAAAGUAAGUAUUGAUUUUUUAUAAACUCUCCCCGGAGGAAACCUACUCUUAUCAUGCUACUUUCAAAGACCUUUCUUUCCUUUAUUGUUAUUAUAAUCUUGCUAACCACAGUUUUUAAGAUUAGGUUUAGACAUUCAGAAAUAGUAAUUUUUAUUAAAAAAAAAUAUAAUACUUGUUAUACUUUUUAUUCUUAAGAUGAUAAAUGCUUUUUUGAUAAAAAUGUAUGACUUUUUGUUGCUUAUCCAGGUUAAAAAUUUCCUUAUUAUUAUUGUUAGAACUUCAUGGACUAGAAUUUUAUCUAAUGGUCAAGGAAUCUAUUGACAGUCAAAAGUAAGCACUUUAUUUUAAUGGACCAAACUUUAAGCGUAAGGAGUAGGCAGAGAAGCAAAAAGAGCUCAUUUAGCCGCGUGUCAAGGUACUUGGCACUUUACUCAACUCAAUAGCCCAUGUCUUUGUUUGACCAAUCUUCCAAAGCUUUGCCUAUAAAUAAGCGCCGCAAUGAUUAGCAAGUUUUUGCAUUAGUUUUCUAAAGAUUUUCAAUAUCAAAUUAAUUCUUUUAAAGAUUUAGAACAUAGUAAUAUCCAUUUUUAUGAAAGACUGAAAUGGUGUCACAAAAUAAAAUAUGUAAUAAUUUAAAACUGUUUUGGUGUUUAUAGACUAAUUUAAUAAUAAAAAUGUUUUAAUUAUUGAUAUGAUGACGAGCUAAAAUUCAAUAUACUAAUUUAAUGAUACUUUCUUUUAAAGAAUAAUACAAUACCUUCCUAAUCUUUGGAAGACUAAACAAAGUUUACUUGCACAACAUCUGACACAUAUGGGGGACUCACAUCGUUUCGAGGCGCCUUAUGUCAAAAGUUCACCAACUUGAUCCUUGUUACUUAAAAGAGUCCAUUCCCCAUGUGCCAAAAGGACAACAAAAGGAAAAGAAUGUGGUGGUUAUGAAAUAAGAAUUACAAAACACAUUUAAUAGUUUUAUUUCUAUAUAAAAAAAUAUUAAUUAAUUUCCUAUUUUAUUCUAUAAAUAAAUUUUCUCCCACUUUAAUUUCCUUCUACAUAAUAAUUAUCAAACAAUAAAAUUGAAAAAAAUAUUGUUACUUUGAAAGAAAAAAAAAAAUGCCAAAGCAACUAUUAUUUUGAAUUAGAACAAGUAUCUUUUACCAUUUGCACUUGCUACUGAAGUGCAAGUCAAUAAUCAAUGGUCAUCACAUAAAAGAAACAAGUUUACACAAAAAUGCGUUUUGAGUUAUUGACUGUAGUUAGUUAUUUAUCUCUUAAUGAGACUCGAUAAGAAUUGAACAUUGUGAUUAAUUAAUUGAUUUAAAGAAACAAGAUUACACAAAAUUGUUCAGAUUUCUCCAUUCU